CUCUGACCCCCCCACCACAUGCCCCUCACCCCAGCAUCAGUCUGCCCAGAGCUACGCACUGGAGGGGAGGUUGUGGGGGGCAUCUUUACCCCAACACUCCCUUCUUUCUGGCUCAAAGUGAGGCCCCCUCCCCCCACUUUGGUACCCAGAUCUGGCCCCUGCAGGGGCACUGUGUCAGGUAUGGGGCACUUCUGGAGGGUGAUGGGGAGUGUUCUGGGUUCCAUUCUGCCCACUGCAGCUAGACUGCCUUGAAUUGGGGGAGGGGGUCCUCUGCUCUAUGCCACAGGGCUGAGGGCAUUCCAGAGGGCGUGUAGGGGGGGUCUCUGCUCAGUGCCAAGGGCUGGGGGUACCUCAGAGCAUGGUUGGGGGUGGGGGGGAGCUGGAUCAAAGUCUAUGCCUGGUCCUUGGCACAAUCUCUGCCUCCCUCCCUUCUCCAGGGACCCCAGAGCCUGCAGCCCCCACCCCACUGCCCUUGGUGGCCUCCCAGCAACGCCCCCGGCGGCGGGCACAGGCAGUGGUGCCCUGGGAGCAUGAGUGCCAGCUGCGGAGCCUGGCACUGCGGGUCAAGGACCUGGGACUGGGCUACGCCUCAGAGGAGACGAUGCUCUUCAAGUACUGCAGCGGGGGCUGCCCCAGCACCCGUUCCAAUCAUGACCUGGCCCUGGCCCGGCUCUCCUUGAAGGGCUGGGACCUGCCCACCCAGGGUGAAGGCAAACUUCCUGGGGGCCCCUGCUGCCGACCCACACGCUAUGAGGAUGCUGCCUUCCUGGAUGAUGGGCACCGCUGGCAUGAGGUGCGCGAGCUCUCGGCUGCUGCCUGCGGCUGUGUGGGCUGAGUACCACCCCCCCAAGAUAGGCAACCUUUUUCCCUAGCCUUCUCUUCCCCCCCCACACCCCACUCCAAACCCACCAGCCCCAUCCUGCUCUCUGCUCACUGGGGCUCUGCUGGGGACCCCUAAGUUAUUGUAUUUAUUCCCUGUCCCCUACCUAGGUGAUAGGGGAUGAGGGAGAUACCCCCACCUCCCAGCUCUGAGACCCCCUGCCCGAGCUCCUGGCUGCUCUGUGAAGCUGGGUGGGGGUAAUAAACGUGUGAAGCUGA